AUGUGGGGCCUUUCAGAUGAAUUUCAGCGUGCUGCACGGGCUGUUACUGGGAAAUACCUUAACAAAGCCAUCGUGGACACUGUAUUUCUGCUCUUCGAUGCCGAUGGAGAUGGUCACUUGAGUCCCGACGAGUUUGUGGCCUUUAUUCGCUCUUAUAUCGCCAGAGGCACCCGCAACGAGUACGCCUCGGAGUCAGCGGCUCAGAAUUUCACCUCUUGUGUGGCUGCUCGUGCCCACACUACCUAG